AUGUAUGUAAAUGCAUCUUAUAUGGAAUUACUUACACUUGCACCAUUGGACUUAACUGCUACAAGCAUGUAUCCAGUGUUUGUAUUUGGCACGCUCACGUAUCUUAUUAUUGUCUUGUGCAACCUGUUGGUACUUGCAACUAUUGCUGUGAGUAAAAAGUUACACAAGCCCAUGUUUAUCCUCCUGUUCAACUUGCCCAUAAGUGACAUGUUGGGCAGCACAGCUUUUUUCCCUCAUCUUCUGUUCAGCAUUGUGACACAGAACAGAGUAAUUUCGCAACCUGCAUGUAUUACUCAGGCUUUUCUGAUUCAUUUCUACGGUUCAGGAAACAUGCUGAUCUUGAGUGCAAUGGCAUACGACAGAUACAUUGCAAUAUGUUGUCCUUUGAGGUAUAAUGCUAUCAUGAGUCCAAAAAAAUUAAUCAGAAUCAUUAUUUUAAUAUGGUUAAUAAAUUUCUCAAUGAUGUUCACUUUAUUUUUGUUGCUUGCGCGGUUCAGACUAUGCAGGACAAAUGUAGCGGACUUGUACUGUAACAAUCCUUCAUUAAUGAAACUGGUUUGUGAGGACACCAGAAUAAACAACAUCUAUGGGCUGCUUUCUGUAGUCAUACUCAUGGGAGGUCCGCUGUUAAUGAUAAUAUACACAUAUGCACAGAUUUUGCGAACAUGUGUCAUGACUAAUCAAACCGAUGCCCGGAAGAAAGCCUUUCAGACUUGUGGUACACAUUUAGUUAUUUUCUUAAUCUUACAAAUUAAUACUAUCUUUACAUUCAUUUCUCAUCGCAUUCAGAGUGCCUCUCCGUACAUUAGAAGGCUUCUUGGCAUAUCAAUCUUAUUAUUUCCCCCUUUCUUGGACCCAAUUAUUUAUGGACUAAAAACAAAAGAACUGAAGCAGAGCAUAGAAAUAUUCCUAAAAAGAAACAUUUUUUCAACCAAAUUGUAA